AAAUUGAUUUCAAUUUAUAUGCUUUUUUUGAGCACGCACACGCGUUUCAGAGCUCCGUUUAAUAUUUUUUUCAUGUGCGUGACUUUUUUUUGUAGCGUAUUUUUUUUGCAAUACGUAAUACGCGUCUCAUUCGAUCUAACUUUCUGACGUAAUAUUAUGCGAACAAGUGAACGGGUCAAUCACGCGAAUUAGGCUUUUAACGAGAUAACGAGUGCUUAAUAAUUAAUUUUUUUCUAAAUUUCUGAUAGCAAUCGAACAUGGAAGGCUUAGAGGAGGGGAGAAAGAGCGUCGCGCAGUUUCGCAAAAGUAUCUAUGGCGGCGAUGAGGUCGAUUUCACCGAUAUUUUUCAAUUCGACAUUGAUGAAGAAGAUCACAAGAAAAUAUUAUCCGUGAUGAGAGACUCUCUGCAACGGUUGCCAGAUAGCUUUCGAAGCAAUAUUUUGGACAGGUUCAUAGAGGAGCAUCCAGAGCUAAACUGGAAGUUUGAGGGAGUUGUAGAGCAAGAGCAAGAUCAUGAUAAUGCGGACAUUUUAUCUACAUAUAGUUAUGACAGCUUAAUACCUGCUCGCUGGAUGGAAGUUCGUGAGACAUUUCACAAAAAAUUGCGUCCAUUUUCCAGCGCUUACGUCAUCAGAGAUUCUGAAAAGUUUUGGGCUAUAAUUCAAGCGACCAAAGUAGCACAUUUUGAAUCAAUUCGCGCAUAUGCUAUUGAAAAAUUAUCCAACGACAUGAACAACUCCCUUUAUAUGUUAUAUAAAUUGAAUCAAUGCAAUGAUGAGGAUUUCAAAUUAGAUGACUAUAGGCAUUUUCAUGUUUUCAGUUGGACGGAAGAUCGAUUUCUUGCCAGACGUCAAAUGAAAGGCAUCGCUUGGGUGGAUAUCUUUAGAAGAUCUCUCCCGGCUAAUUGUUUGAACGAUUUCAAGUUACGCUACGAUAUUAUGGAAUUGGUGCGUAUAUUGAAACCACUUUUAUCUAGUUUCAACACUACAAAUGCUGAAUUCGUUACUGAAACGAAGGAUAUCAUUGAAAAUGCACGUCAAUUACUGGAUUUGCAUGAAAAAAUCAUUAAAGAACUGGAAGAUAACCUUGAAUUAUUCUGUCAAAAAGUGAAUCAGAUAACAAAUAUUUCGCUGCAACGUCGAAGUGCGGGCCGUGAUGUGCUGAAAAACUACUUCGAACUGGAGACAUUGGCUUAUGUUGUUCGUGAUCCUAUGGAGUACCGCUAUCAGGUAAAUUUCUACAAGCAAAGGACCGCUGACUGGCAGCACUACUUCGACAAGCAGGAGAGUCAGAUUGAGGAAGAAUUACAUAAAAUUAGAAAGAAACAUAACGCUGAAGUGUACUGUUAUACAUCCAUGAUGCAAUGUAUAUACGGAAUAAUAGAGGACUACAAACAUCGAAUUGAACAGUUAACUGAAAAUUAUGAUCGUCGUUUCAAUGAACUUGACGAUAAUAACAGAAAACUCAAAAUUAAUAUGGAUAAAAUAAAGUUACAACGAGAGUUUCUGAUCGGCGAAAAGGAAUACAUGCAAAUGCGAAUUGAGGAAAUACAGAGGGGCAAAGUAGUAAAAUUGAAAAGGAAAAAACGCUCCCUAAUGUCGAUGUUAUCAGGUGGCAGCGGAAAAGGCAUGAAGAAGAAGCGUUAAAGAAUAAAUUAACUACAUAUAAAAUAUAACGGUCUAUAUUAAUCUCCAUAUUCAUAUGUUGGUCUUAAGGUAAUCGGUACGGAUUUUGAAAUAAAAAAAAACAUUAUUAUUAUUUUUUUGAAGAAGGUCGUUCGCUGUUCGAGGAAUAGAAGAGAGACCCGACGACACGAUCUCAACGAGCAACGAGAGGGUAGACAAAGCUUUGGCAUCACGUGCGGGGGAUACCUAUCCAUGAAGGUACAAACCCACAAAAACUGCCAACAGCAGGCUAAACUGCGCUGAGGUUGACUAACAAAAACUCAUCACAGGGGUGCAGAAAAAAGGAGACAUAGAGGAGGUGGAUACCCUCUCAAAUCAGCGGUGAGCUGUCCAAGAGCCCCUGUUGACCCCCGAUGGACACCACUGAAAUGUCUCUACGCAAGCGUGUAGGAUGUACCCUCCACCUAAGAACUCAUAGUGGGUUUAAAAGAUCAAAACACUCGGGAUGUUGAAGCUAUACAAAUCGUAACAAGGAGCGCAUCUUCGAUGAGGAAUGUAAAUGACUGAUGGAUCUUUAAAAUAGAAUAAUAAAGUGCAGACUUCUUAAGAAACCCUAGCUCGAGAAAGCGUAUUAACUACUGAAAUAUCAUAAAUUAAUCAUUAAAACCGCAAGAAUCUCAUUCAUUCAAAGAAUUCAACGCCUGACAACAUUUUAAAAAUAAGAACAACCCAUAAAAAGUAGCAUUACGAUAUUUCGAGUUUUUUACACCUUUUUUCAAAUCCAUUCAAUUGUAUUAAACUCCUGGUAUUACAACGACUAAGCCAUUAGAUCAAUAUUUUUGCUACGAAAACACUUCUUAGAUCUAUUCGAGGCAUGUUUUCGACCAUUAUCUUGAUGUUAGGCUCAUCACAAUAGCAUAUGUUUUUCGGCAAAAGGUAAGAUAAUAGACCCCAGAUUGUUAUUAACAUAAUAAAUGGCGGCUAUAAUACCUACAAUACUUACCAGAGACCUUGCAACACUCCAUUAGUGCAUGCCAAUAACAUCAGCUUAAGGUCUCCAUGAUUCAUAGUAUUCAUUGUAUAUUUAGAGUUUAAUUGCUGAUUAUAGGAUUAUCUAAUAUUGUUGUAGUAAUGUUUUUUCCUCACUAGAGUCGAAAUAAACUAUAUUUGUAUCAUCGGUCCAUAUAAUAUUAUGUCGAACUAACACAGGUUCCUUCUUAAAAAUUUCUAGUAAAUUGAAGACAGCGUUCUAUGUGCAUACUAUUCAGUAAAAGUCCUCGUGCUCUUGGGUUAGCAGAUAUAACACCUUUCUCGUUGAUGAAGUUAAUAUAAGCAUUUUAAUUAAAUUUUUACCCGCCCGGACGCCCCUAAACCGGGGA